AUGGAGCGCCGGCUGUCGCUGACGCUCUCGGCGCUGACGUCUGCGUCGAGCGCCACAGAGCAGCGCCGGCAUUUGCAGGACAUUGCAGACAUUCUCGGCGACGACACCCUCUUCUCCUCUGUGGACCUCCGAGCUCCCGAGCUCUGGGGUGACCUCGCUGGCUGUCUCCUCGCAGUUGCCCGCCAGCAGUUCUCCCGGGCGUUCCCUUCCCCUACCGUCUCUCGGAUCGGCAAGCCGCGAAGGAAGCCGACCGCCCUCUGUCCGAACGACGCGAUCGCCAUUCAAAAGAUCUUCAACGCCAUCGAAACACGAUCGACGGUGUCGUCGUCCUGCUCGGACUACGCUGCCCUUUCGUCUUCGCGUUCGUCAUGGCGAGACGGCGCUUCGGAGCCUUGCUCGGACAACGGCUGGGGGUCUGAAUCGGAGUCUGCCUCCAGCUCUGUGACCGCUCACGUAGAGCUGCGUCCUCACGACGGCAGCCGCGGGUGUCGAGCUGAGGCAGGACGUGACCAUCGCGGAGAUUCAGAUGACUUCUUUGCUUCUUUCUCGUCUUCCUCGUCUUUCUCGUCUUCUUCGUCUUCCUCGUCUUUCUCGUCUUCCUCGUCUUUCUCGUCUUCCUCGGCGGAGGCUCUGAGGCCGAGCCGCCAAGAGACUGGAAGGAGGUCGGGACGCGCGCGGGAGAGAGACGCGCGCUCGGUCUGUUCCUGCGGCUCCCGACUGAGGCCAGUCGCCGCAGCCGUGGUCAAAGAGCUUCUGCUGCUCCUCCUCGCCUGUGGACGUAAGCGGCGAGCGACUGCGGCGGACGGCGGCGACUGGCUUCGACCCAACUCCGGCCGCCUUCGGCUGCUGCAGCGAGCUUCGCAGGCGGCUUCGCAGUACGGCGAAACCAAGAAGAGAGGCGGAAGCAGAGAAGGCGAAUCUGCGGGGGACCGGGGCUGGCGACUCGAGGAAGGCGACUUCCAGAGAGGCGGAAAAGGCGCCUCUCUCAAUUUCAGAGACGGGGACAAAAGAAGCGAAGAAGGAAACGAAGAGGACUGGAACGCAGCUGCUGACAGGUGGGAAGGAUGCUUCUUGUCUAUUCUCCAGCAACUCGUGAGGAACGAAAAUUACCUUCGAGUUCUCCCCUCGGACCUCGUCAAAGCCUCAUCGUCUGCGAGCGACUCUCUCUCGCGCGACAUGCGCGGCCUCGAGGCGCGGCGGGGAUCGGCGCAUGGGUCGCGCAGUGUGUCGGACGACGGUGUGCAGCUGAUCGACGGCCAGCGCUACGAAGGCUCGAGAACUUGGCGCUCGUCUUCUCGUCUGGGGGCGCGAAACGUAUCUUUCAUUCAGCUGGGUCGCGUGGAGGCUCCCGAGUCGGCGACAGAGAGCCGUCCACUGCAGGGAGUCUGGGAGGACGCUGACGCUUGUAGGCCAUGGAAGGCGAAACGAGAAGACUGGCGAGAGAAGGAGAUCAGCGAGGCCGACUCCAGUGGCCAUCCAGAAGACGAGACAAGACACGAGAGUGCGGAGGCGCGAGAGCCUCUAGUUGUGGAUAUUCUCCUGGGCCUCCUCCAGGACGAUGUGUGGGUCCACCUCGACGAAGCCGCGAAAUGGAAUGCCGUAUGUCUCGUCAGAUGGACUCUCAUGCUCACGAGAGGCACCACAGGACGGGCGGUUCUUCCGGCCUUCAUUGGCGACGCAGGUUCAGGAGGCAUCUGGUACAUGCGCGUCGUGCUCCUCGAUCUUCUUCUGCAGACCAUCUGGGAGGCUGCUCACCAUCAUCCAGGCCUCUUGGGGUUCACCAGGUCGCUCCUCGUUGUGCGGCUCUGCGAGUCAGCCGGCGCGGCCUUUGCGUCGUCCUCCUCGCUCGGCCUACUUCUGCCGCUCCUUCGCGUACUAGGAGAGAGAUAUGUUUGCGUGCUAAAGUCUUUGUCGUCUCUCGCCGUCUCGUCUGGGAGGCACCGGGCGUCAGCGAGCUCACUUGUGGGGCAUUUCGUUGCUCUGGCGCAAGCCCUCAGCAGUCUCUUGCUUCUCCCUCUGUACCCUCGGCUCGGUUUGAACGGCGCGAUGACAUCCGAAGGUCCCGCGGACGCGCUGGAUGAGACACCAAUCGGAGAGACGACGAUGAAACCUUCAGUGCCACUAGACGCGCACAAGUGGCGACUGGGAGACAGGAAGGGCCAGACAGCACGGGGAGAAAAAGGAGGUCGCGAGAGACACGAGGCGCUCUCAAGAGUCAGGGACGCAUGCGAUACAGCGGAAGAGCGACUCGACUGCCGCAUGCUCGAUUUGCCGUCCUCACCAGCGUCGCGAGCCGCGUCGGCCACUACAUCCCCUUCGGCUCGUUCGCGUUGCACCAGCGAGAGGAGAGAAGAGCCAGCGAUGAGCGUGGAGGUAUUCAAAUCAGGCGAUGAACUCGAAGGAGUCGCUUCGGUCGCCGGAGAUGGAACGGAGAGCGACGACUACGGCAGCGAAGAGGAGACGUCGUCUGCGUGGAAAAUUCCUGUUUUGAGCAGUCAGCUUCUCAAUCACGCUGCCAUCAUUUCAACGCUGAAGCACGCCGCUAGAGGCCCCAUGGGCUUGUCUGCGCUUCCCUGGUUCUCCUCACUCUUCUGUGCCGUCCCUGCUUCACAUGUAAACGACGGUCCGAUGGAUACAUGCGGCGAUCUGGGAGGAACGCGUUUGGAGACGGUGCCGUCACUUGUUGCCCUCGCAGCUCCUUCUUCGUCGUGCGUGACCUCUUCGCUCCCUGUGUCUCUUCUUCUCGCCUCGUUGUCGCAUGCGAGUGCCGUCCUCGACGCGCUCGUUCAGCAGCAGAUGCAAAUGACAACGACAGUCGCUCUGGACUCCGGCGAUUCCUCGUCACUCACGUUCUCUCCCCAAUUCGUCUUCGCGUCCUUUUCUCGGGUCCUCCAGCUCUUGCUUCUUCUUCUUCCUCGGGCACUCACGCGAGGCGCUGUGCCGUUGCUCCUCGCGCCGCCCUUCCUGCCAAGCAUCUCGACGCUCGCUUCGCAUUCGGCUGCGUUGCCGGGACGCCAGACCUCUUCCGGGGUAGACCCGGGUCCUGGGAUUCCUCCUUUGCGCGUCUUUUCGUCUGCGUUGUUUCCACCUUCUCCCUGGCUCCUCGAGCUGUUCUCUGUGCUGGUUCUUCGCCAUCCUUCCCUGAUGUCGCCAUCAUCCACCGACGCGCUUCUGCGGUAUCUGCUUCCUCACGUCCUCUCGCCUGAUCCGAAGGGCGCUGGACCCUGGCGCUUCGACGCAGAGAAAACGCGACGGCCGAGCAAAAGCGGGAGUCGAAAGAACACCCAGGAAGAAGCCUCUCUGGCUGAAGAGACAGGACUGACAGAGCAUCCGAUGGCGCGGCUGUGGAUGCCCUAUGCGUUUGCUAGGCCUCUGCCUUCCUCAUCGGCCUCUCGUGCAUCCACAGCCUGGGCGUCCCUCGCAUCGCUCUCGCUCUGGUCUCUCUUUCCCCUCCUGCUGCGAAACAUGGCAAGAAGGGGAACUAUGGAAGAUGCAGACUCGGCGCCUCUCCAAAGCGUACGCCCCCCGUCAGCCACAAACAGCCGUUUGCUUCCCCCAGAUGGGCCAGUCUCGACUUUGUCUGUUCCGCUUCCUCGGACCUCUGUAGGACUUCCGUCAUUCGGAUCGUCUCCACCGAGCUUGCAAGAUUCACAUUCGGUCUCCCAGACGAACAACCCAAGGCCGUCACUCACGCGUUUCUGUGAUCUGGUCUACUGUAGGUCGGCAUGUCCGUCUGCGUCGCCCUUGCUGCUUUCAUUUGGAACAGCAGACCAGUGCGCGAGACGUACUCCUCAGUCGCUCUGCUCAACGGUGUCUCGAUCCCCUUCGCCUUCGGUAUCAGCUGCCCUGGCGAGUGACGACAGUACAGAGAUCCCUGAACCAAUGUGCAUUUGCAAAGGCCCCCGAGAAGCUCCGGCCGCCGCCGGCACCCUAGUCCUAUCUCCGGAGUGUCCUAUGUGGUCAGACUCGGCUUUGCCAUAUCCCCUUGCUUGUUCUGUUGGCUUGCUCGCCCCUGCAGCGAUCUACAGAGAUCGUUAUCAAACUUGCCAGUCGCUGUUUAUUCGUCUUCUCCGUCUCUCGGAAAUGUCUUCUUUGUCUUCGCCUCUUCUCCACUCAUCUGCUCCGUUCGCUGCUGCGGCGGAGGGCGUUCCCUCUGGGUUGUCUGUUGGCGCAUUGGCCCCUUCGGCCUCGUCGUGCUGGCAAAUCGAGUCUAGAUUUAACGACAUUUCUUCUCUGUUCCGGUUUCUCCCGCUACCUCUUGUUCCGUCAUUGUCUUGCCCGUCUCCCCUCGUCCUUCUCAGAACCAGCAGGCCCUCAUCGGCGGCUACCCCACAGUGCCGACCCAGCGAUCCAGGGUGCGCAUCGCGCUCUCCCAGGUUACACCGUGUCGGAUGGCAUGCAGUUCCUCAGCAAAAGACAGAGGAACCGGAAGACAGCUUGGGGGAUGAUCUGUACUCUGCAGCCGUGAUAGGUCUGCCUUUAGCAACAGAGACUGCAUCACUUAGUUCGCGCUUUCCAGAAAGGGUGAUUGGCAUUUUCUACAGCAGUCAUGUAGAGACCACUCUCGAGUUCCUCUCGCUCUUCCACGUCCAGGCAAGCGGCAGGUGCCGCAGUCAACGAGGGAGGCACACUCAGGACUUCUACGCGCGUUCAUGUUCUGCGGCGCUCCCAUCUCGUUCGACUUGCGCGAACGCUGCUCCUUUUGCCUCUGCUUCUUCCACUGCCUCGGCGUCUCUGGACGCAAGAAAGUUCCCAUGGGAGACGGCACGCCUUCUCCCUUCAGUCUCGCUCUCGGUCGCUGUGGCGGCUGCCUCUCGUUUUCUUCGAUCGCUUCGCAUUGCUUCACUUGUCCUUCCGGCCGAGCUGUGGGUGGCGCCUCUUGCUAGGCGCAGGCCGGGGACUUCGCUUGCCUCGGGUACCUCGCGAAACGAGCCCUCGGACGACAUGGCAAUGUUCACAACGUUCAAAAGCACAAGGAAAACGCGCAGAUCCACAGAGGGCGCUCUGUCGGAUUCCGCUUCGCCGACCUCCUCCCGCGUUUCUUCCUCGUCUGGGUCGGACGGCUCCGGGGAUCGAGAGUGCGACAGAAGGAUCAGGAAGGUCGGGCCUGUCGGCGAGAAAGACGCGCAGAGACUCACCGCAAGCCUGAGCGGAAGCACGCGUACGGACGCAGAAAGAGGACCGAGAAAGAGACUCCUGUGGAGACCUCUGGAGGCUUGUGCCGCGGGCUGUGCCACCUGGUUAGCUGUGGAGUGUCUGCUUGGCCUCUUCCUUCGCUCCCUCCAUCCCCAAUACACAUCCCGAGUUUCUGGGGGCUUUUGCCCGGCGGUGCGCCGUCCCUGUACAACGGCUGAGUCGCCUUUGCCGUCGGUUGCUUCUGCAGGCGACGCUUCGUGCGUUCUUGAACCAAAACGGAAGGGUGAGCAGCCCAGGCGAAUUGAGGCACGCAGACCUCAUGGAAGGAAUGAAACCAGAAGCAACGGGAGGCUGGGGAGGGAAAGGGACGUCUGCAGUUCGGAGACGCUUUCAAGGUCUGACAGUUUGGACGAAGACAAGAACGAGACAUCGGCACGACGGUCGGCAGACAGCGACGGCGAUUCGGCUUCACACCAACCGAGGGGAAAGCGAAAAGCGUUUGACGUUUCACGGAAUCUGCUCGUAGAAAGUCAGCAACAGAGAGAAGCGCCUGGCGACAGAAGCCGAGUCCGAAAGAGUCAAGACGAACUCAAUGACUCGAGCCCCGAUCCAAGUCACGUGGAGGCUCUUUGGAAGUUGUGGACCGAGAGCUUUGUGAUUCUUCAGUCGCAGGGCCUCCCGUCCCAGCCUGUUUGCUUUGCAUGCGACCUCGCGCAUGGAGCAGACGCUGUGCCUGUUGGGCGCAGAACCCACGGCGAAGGCCUGUGCUUUGUAGCCGAAAAAGGACAGAAGGCCAAUGACGCAGAAGCAGGAAGGGAGAAGGAAAUCUGGGAGAGAGACGCGUUCAGAGUGCACAGCGGCGAGCAGGCCGGCGGCUACGCGGGAGAUAGGCAAGAGAAAGGCCCAAGACGCAAUUCUGGUGCCUCUGUGAUUCCGAGUGAGAAACCGGGAGUCAAUGCCGGCGAGUCCACUGGUGAGGCGAUGCAUGCAGGAGAUCGGAGGGACGUCCGGAGAAGCGAAUGGAUGUCUUGUGACGGAGCGAAAGCCACAGGGAGUAGAGCGUUUGGAGUUGAAUGGGAAAGCCAAAGGGAGACUCGGCUAGUGGCGCUGGAGAGCAGCGGAUCGUGGGGGCCUGUGGCAAGUCCGGAGGUCACCGCAACUGGGUCGGUCGCUUACUGGAGGCUGUACAGCUUUUCCUCGAGCCCGAGACUCACCUGCAUGCACCUUCAGCUUCUGGCCAGUUUGGUGGUGGCAUCUGUGAGCAGCUCGGUCCCAGCUCGAACGCCUCUAGACAGUUCGUGUCGAAGAGGAGAAGCUCUGAGUUUACGCCUCUCCUCUUUCUUUCUGAACAGCGGGCGGCUACACGAAACAAUCCAGGGCCGAUGGACAGAAGACAACGAGGAUGAAGAGCAUGCACGCGUCGCGAAUGCAGUCGCAGGCCGAUGGAGCCGCAGCAGCGAUGAAGACCGUGAAGUCUGUCGUGAGGUUUCUGUCCUUUCGUCGUUUUCGAAUCGAAACACCGAUACUGAGGGACGCCUGGGAACGGCAGCAGCUUUCGCGGAAACAGACACCGAGAUGGACGCCGGGAAAAGUGGAGACGUUUUCGAAUCUUCACAGGAUGCCCUAGUACCUUCGACCUUCACCCUGAUGCGUCUUUUGCUCACAUCACUCUCAGUCUUCUCGGUCUUCUCCUCGGCGCCCGACAGCUGCUUCUGUCCCUGCUCCGUUCAACUGCCUGAAGCUAUUAGGGGAUUCACAGAUCGAAGAGGAAAAGAGGAAGUUUCUCCACUGGGCAGCUUCCUCUGUACUCACAACAUGCGUGGAUGCACCACAAACAGGAAGGCCUUUGAUCCCAGUACUCCAGUAAAGGAGAGAGAUCUCUGCAUGCAAGAUCCAGGUGAAGAUAGGCAAGACAACCUGCAGGCAAGAGUAGAAUUCUUCUGCCAAGAUUUAUGCGAAACCAAGAGCCAUCCGACGACAUGCGGGGCAAGCGACAAGGGGGCGGGUGUCUCCGUUUCCUCGUUCGCUCCUCUCUCGGGUACCGAUUCGAGUCAUCCUGCACCUUUUCACCACCGUCCUCUGUGGGCGGUGUGCGUCGAGUUAUUGCAUGCACUAGUUGCAGGCGCUUCUGCCUCUUCAUUCCUCCACCUCGAAGCGGCGACCCGUGGCUCGGAACCUGCGAGUUCAUGUCGGACGUCUUGGGAGUCCAUUGCCGCGACGGAUGGCGAUGAACGCAUGAGCAGGGACGGCUGCCGUUCGUCUUUUCUGGCGAGCGAAACAGACGCUGGAGAACGCCAGCGCCAGGGCAUGAGUCACGAUCACCCAGAGGGGGAACGCCAAGAACUGCGUUAUGGCUGUGAACGCCUCGUUCGUCCCCUCUCCUCGUUCUCGUCGUCGCUAUCGCGGUCGCCCGCGAGCCUCGAGGCCCUUUGGGCUCGCGGCGGCGGCCCAGCGAUUUUCGGCCAGUUUUUUGAGUGCAUGCGCAUCGAAGACCCGCAGGCUCAGCGUCUCGCAAAGGGAGAAGGCGAGACCUUCGUUGGUCGAGAUGAGGCAGGCAAACGAACGCUCAGUCUCUUGGACGCAGUGGCGAGCGUGAUUGCAAUGGAGGCGUCCCUUGCUCUGCUUCAGCCAAUCGCUUCCACGGCUAUGAGAGGUCGCAGGUUUGGAGUUAGUGACACUCCGCUCUCGAACAAGCAAACUGCCAAGUGUGCUGCUCUCUUCGGUUUCAACUUGGCGCCCAUGUUUGGCCUCCGCUUCGGCCGCACAGAGCUCAUUGUGGGCUCGUACACUGAACCACCGUCUCCGUCGUCUCCCGCUGGUCACUUUCUGAAGAAGGCGAUGAACGCGAAGAGCGUUCUCACAGCCGUUGUGGAGAUAUUCUCGGAACACAGCCCGAUGUUUGGGGAAGAAAUGGAGGAGCGCGAUCCUCACACUCUCGGACCAGAACCUCUAACUGCCAGUUGCCCUGGAGGUUUCUCUGUCCUUCCCGCAGCUCUGAGUGUGGUGGGGCAGUUGAUAGCGGAGCUUCUGGCGCUGGCAAGGCGAGAACAAGCGGCUGUGGGCAAGGCCGUCGUGGAUGUUCUCGCCUCUUUGAUUGUCGAGCGGAAUGCGCCCCUGCUUCUGGGGAGAGAACAAGAGAAGGAAGAGAGUGACGUUGAAGACUUCUCGGGAAGAGUCGUCGAUGAAGCCAGCGAAGCCACACGCUCCCAAGCGAGCGACGCGAGUAAAGGGAGAGGCUCCGGCAUGGGAGAGACAGAGACACCGCUGACGGAUAACGAUUUGAACGGUCAUGAUGGAAGGGGAGAUAAGAAUAAAGAGAUCUGGGUCCUCUCGGCUGCAGCGCGAGAGGAGAGACACCAGCGGCAAAGCAGGAAGGGAGAUGGACCCGACUUACGUCUCCAAGACAACAAGGACUACCAACUGGAACCCACCAUGGCUGAGGUCUCCCUCAGGCUCGCACCCUCGACGGUUUGUGUUUUGUUGGAGGCGUUCGAAGCCGCGGACGUCUUCCGAGACCUCCUGAAGCCCUCGCCUUGUCACGCUGCCGUCUCUGCGGGAGGCGACGAGCACCUGACGCAUGCAGCCGGGAGCCGAAAUCAAUUCCAGAGUAGCGCCACUGCGACUGACUGGAGUCACGGCUACAUUCCCUGUGGUGACCUCGUCUCUCUCCUUGCUCUGUCCGCUGCUUGCGUCGGCGUCCCAGACUUGACAGGAGACGCCCUCUGGGCGCUUCUUCAGGGUCAUGAUUUGGCGGCAGCAGCUCUCAAUUCUUUACACGUAUCACACAGGUAUUUGCCGAUGUCGGACCGGGCUCCCAGCAUGCUGUCUGCGUCUUCUGAGCUUCCGGCGGCGCCAGAGAUCGUCCCCAGUUUGUCUCGCCAUCGGAGUGGGCUGCAUCAGCUCUCCAGAUGCAACUUGGCGGACGCUGAUGGCCUCGCCUGCAACGCACCUGCACUACGGACGGGCCGUGACAAAGACGGAGAGUGGAUCUCCGAGGAACCUCGGAAGGAGUCGGGGAAGGACUGGCAAGCCGGGAGAGAAACCGUCGCAGUUGUUCGUGACGUUUUGUCGACGGCCCUAUCUCGGCUCGCGUCGCCGCUGAGAGAGGCACUUUCUCACGUCCUCUCGAUGAUCGCAGACCACCAAAGCCUUCCUUCGGUCCAGGAGCUUUGUCUGUCUCACCUCCCGUUCUUCUUUGUCCAGUGGCUGUCUCUGCGGAAACGAGUCCGGCAUGCUCACGACUCCACAGUGGGUGUGAGGACCCGUUUCGAGAUGCUCGAAGCGCAUGCACUUGUCGAGGAAGCGAAAGCGUCGGAGCGGGGAGGCGAGAUCGAACACUCUCGGAUUCCAGAACUACCUCCAAAGAGGAGCAGCUGCGUUCAACUCCCUCUCGAAGGAUACCCGCAAGUGACGGCUAUAUCUUGCCAGCAGUGGCUAGGUGGGUGUUUGCUCAAGUUGCAAAGUGAACCAACGGGGACGGAAAAGAAGCGAGUAACAGAUGAAGAGUCAACGCUGAUUCUUACCUUCGCAGACUGCCACGGAUUCUUCUCAGGACUCUCUUUCCUCACUGCGUGCGAGGCUCUCGCUCGAUGUCUGAGUCCACCUCCGCAAGGAGUCCCGGCUGACAAUCCUGAGGCAGCCUCCUCAGAAGCGUGUGACGAAGAAGGCAUGGACUCGAGCCACUCAGACGCGGUGACAAGGCGAGAAGGGCAUCGUGGUGUUGUUGUCAGUGCGACGCUGAGCGCUCGCGAUGCAGCGAACCUGGGCGGAGGCAACAGGGGAAGAACUUGUUGGGGGCUUGGAGACAGCAGUUACGGAGCGACCGGACGCGGAGACAGUGCGAGAGCCAAGGUGGGCGAACGCGGCGAUCGGAACGCCCUCUUGGAUGAUUUAGGGAAGCGACGAAUGGUCCCCAAGAAACCGAAGACGAUGACGGAGAAGUCCAGGAAGUCGGUGGAUCCUCGGCGUCAGCUCGGCGCUCGGCGGGGCUCAAAUCCGACGGCGUGGGCGCUGCGCCAGGCGCGCCCUGUCUUCGUCAAUGCAAGGCAAGAGGCCUCGUUCUACCUUACGGUCUCUUCAGCUGCAAACGAGCUGCUAGUGCAAAAUCCCCGGCACGAGAGAUGCCUGAGUGGCGCCUUGUCCUGCCACGAACUGGUUUCUCUUUUGUUUCGGUUUUUCGCUCCCUUCGCCGACGAGACAGCGGAGCGAAAGGAGACUCGAAGUCAGACCCGGCGGCUCUUCAAUCACGAAGAGCUCGAAGAAAAGAGAGAGAAUCCCAAGACCAAACAGCAAGUCCAGCCCAUUCAGCUCCUCACGGUGCUCGGCUUGGUGGCCACCAGCGCAACGCUUUGCGAUCCUGGAGCGCCUCACGCGCUGCGAGUCGUCGCCCUCCUGUCCCUUCAGAAUGUGCGGCCUCCGGGAGGGAAGCGUCUUUCGCCUUCUUUGCUUUCUUCCCUGUCUGUCACCUCUUCGCUUUCUUCUUCUUUUCCGGCAUCAUACCACGUCGGACGCGGAAACCUGAGAGGCCUCUCGACUGCCGCGCUGAGUCGACAUGCCGAGCCGGGGAGAGCCGAAGACGAGUCCGAACCGGCCAACGAACUCGAGAUUGAGGAUGUCGAAAGACUGGCACGAAUGAUUGGCUGUGCAUCGCCUUCCAUGGCUCUCAUAACUUCGACAGUGGCUCAGAUCAGCAGAGAGGACGACGCGCCGGCCCUUCUGAACUUGUGA